AUGUGGUGCAACAAGUACACCCCCACGCAGCUGGAGGCCAUGGAUUAUCAUUGCGACGCCACCAGGCUUUUCAUCAGCGUCGCCCGGGCAAAAAAUCCACCUCAUCUCCUUGUCCAUGGCCCCCGUGGAUCAGGUCGCCACACCCGGGUUCUAGGGUACAUCAGAAGCGUCUAUGGCGUGCAGACGCUGGACUACAUUCCAUCAACGAUGCUAUACGAGACCAACACGGACACUUGCGAGGUCAAUAUUCUUAGUACUGCAUGCCACCUGGAGCUCAAUCCAUCGGAAAUGGGGAACCACGAUGUCUUCAUAAUUCAAACGGUGCUUAAAGAGACUGCAUCGACGUCUUCCAUAGGAGACAAGUUCAAGGUUGUGGUUCUACAGGAUGCCGACAAGCUGUCGUUCACGGCCCAGCAGGCAUUGCGGCGUCUCAUGGAGCAAUAUGCUGCAACGUGUAAGCUGAUCCUCAUGGCUGAGAGCAUCUCGGGCCUCAUUCCUCCUAUUGUAAGCCGUUGCUUUUGUAUCCGGGUCCCAGGAUUCUCAGACGAGGAGAUAGUCCACGCUUUGGAGACAACUAUUACUAAGCAUCGACUGAUGCAAGGCUUUACCAAAGAAAGCUUGCACGCGCUGUUGCCUGAAGUUGCUACAGUGGCCCGCGGAGACCUCCGCAGAGCUUUUCUUCUGCUCCAGACCUACCAGUACGCCUCUUCUAAAAAGAACGUCAGUGUCCAAUCUCUUGUUCCAGAAUGGGAGACAUUGUGCACAAACAUAGCUUCCCAGGUGGCAACAGCCCGUAAAAUGGCUGCGAAGAGCGCUGAAGCUGCCAGAGCUGGAAAAAGUGCCAAGCCAGAGCAAUCUGACAAGCUUGAUGUUAUUCGUGUGACGCUUGUGGAGAUGCUUAAAAAGGCUAUUCCCGCUGAUAUGAUUUUGACAAAACUCUACGAAGGCUUCAAAGAUCAGGCAAAGAGAAUGGGCCAACGCUCACCUCAAAUACUUCUCAAUCUGGCAGACCUUGCCAUGGAAUAUGAGGCACGGCUCAUCGCUGGGUCCAACCCCCUCUAUCAUCUGGAAGCCUUCUCAUUCUCCUCUCUGAGAGAAAUUAUUGCCGACACGUCCCGUUGA